CUUCCGCGGAGGGAGCGGCGCGAUGGCGGCCGCGGAGCCCGGGUCUGAGGGCAGCAGCGGGGAGGAGCUGCCGACCUUGGCCUCCCUGCUGCAGCUGCCGCCCUCUCCGCCCCUAUCGUGCGCCGGGUUGGGCCGCCAGCCGGUCUCGUCUCCCGCUCCCAAGGCGGGGAGCGAGGUGAAGGUGAUCGUGGUGUCCGGCAGUGAGAGCGAAGAGGAGGUGGAGGUCGUCCCCCUCUCUGAGAGGAUCAGGAGGGAGGUGGCUUUUCAGCCCUCCCAGGCGGGCCCUGGGGAUGCAGCAAGGGGAGAUGCAGCAAGGGGAGGUGGCCUUCGCGGUGGCCGCGAGCUGCUGGCACCUGGCAGUCGAGAAACGUCUUGUGGCAGCCAAAGUGACAUGGACAGCGUUAGGGGGCCCUCCUUGUGCCCCCUGCCAGCCUCUCCGCCUGACUCUGCAGACCAGCCUGGAAGCAGAGCAAGCCCAGAAACAUCCUCCCCUCCCAAGGAACCACAGUGUAGUGUGAAGAAGAGGAAGGCUAGCUGCCAGGCUGCGUUGCAGAAGAGGAAGGAGAGAGAAGCACAGAGGAGGCAGAAAGAGCAGGAAAAAGAGCAGAAGAGGGCCCUUGCCAAGAGGCUGAAAGCUCUGCGACCAGGAGAGUGCCAGAAAUACAUGACAGUAGUGGUAGAUGAAGUUCUCUUACAGGUAGAAGGUGGUGGGCAGAUCUUCAGUGCUCUGCGGGCUGCAAAUUACUUCUGUGUGGUUGAGAGCCAGGCUGUUCCCUGCAGCAUCACUUGGAGGAGAAAGGUUGUGCCAUCUCAGAUGGAAGAAGGAGAUGAAUGGACAGAAGAACCAAAUGUCCUGGUUCUGCUUCGCUUGGAGGAGUUUCUGCCCAUGGUUCGCAACUACAAACAAGCGAGACUACUUGAGGCCCAGGACUUCACAGAACAGAAGGAGACCCUCCAGAGCUAUGUAGCUGAUGUGGCAGAGAAAAUGCCUGGGAAAAUUCUGGCACUGGCAGUAGCUGACGUAGAAAAGUAUUUCAGGUCUCUCAGGUUUCAGUCAGGAAAAGGACUGCAGCGAGCAGCAGGCAGUGGAGACCAAGAGGAACAGGGAAAAAGGAGAAAAAAGAAAGUUAGGGAUUCUGGCCUGGAGCUAACCAGAAUGGAUGUGGAAGAAGCCCUGGUGGAUCUGCAGCUGUCCACACAAGUCCCAGUCAGGUUUUUUGAGAGCUGGGAGGAGCUUGGAGAAUUUGUCACUAUGUUCACAAAAGCUGUAGCUGAAGCACCGUUCAAGCGAGAGCGAGAGAAGACAGGGUUCCCCUUCUACUUGGAGAAGCGCUGGUGCGGAGGAGUGAGGGUGAAACCUUCUGGAGAGGGUCUCCUAGAAGUUUGGAAAAGGCAGAUACAACAAUUCAACCGUGUCAGCCGUGAGAUGGCUGAAGCUAUUGUGUCUGCCUACCCUUCUCCUCAGCUCCUGAUCCAGGCCUACAAGAGAUGCUCCUCAGACCAGGAGCAGGAAAACAUGCUGGCCAAUAUCACUGUGCACCGCGGGGAAGGCGUGACCGCCACCUCCCGCCGCAUCGGACCCGACCUCUCCCGAAGGAUCUAUCUGCAGAUGACUUCUCCUGAUCCUGACCUCUACUUGGAUGCCACUGGGUAACCUCCCCAGGGAACAAGGAUUUCAUUGGUUGGUUGGUUGAAGUAUUCACCUUCCUUCUGGGCAAUGGGUAACAAAUAGAGUUGUUGAUCCUGGUUUAAAGACUUAAAGCACAUUCAGGUUUUAUUGGAGCAGAAGAAGGUUGGAUAAAAUUGUUGAAUUGCUGCAGUUUACACAAGAAAGAUGAACAUCUUCUGUAAGAGCAUGAGUUGCACAUGUUUUAUAAUAAUGAUAGCUCCUAUAUCUUCCUAAAAAAUAAAUAAUAUUGAAUAAUAAUAA